AAUUUAUUUACGUUAUUAAUUUUUAAUAAAAUUUAUUCUAAAAUAUAUAUAAAUUUUAUGUUAAAUUUAGUAAAAUUUUUUGGAAAUUGUUCUAACAACAAAAGAUGUCCUAAAUCUUCAGUGUUCUUAAAGUUGAUCACAUAUUUUGGCUCCUCAAGAAAUAUUGGUUUGAGAAAUGUACAACCCAGAAAAUCGGGUACCAUGAAAGAAGUUAAUCUGAAAAUAAUGCAACGAUUGGGCUUAGAAACUGGCUACAUUAAAGAGGCCGAAAAACGUGAUCAUCUUUUAAAAUACACACCGCUACAAGAGGAAUUACCUAAACGCUCAAUGAAAGAUUCAUAUAUGGAGGCCUAUAUACCGUUAAGUAUUUGUACAGAUAUGCAAGUGAAUUAUGUUAGUGCUGUGGGAACUGUGCGCUUGGGUCGGCUUAUGGAACAAUUAGAUAUGUUUGCCGUAUGGAUAUGUCAACAACAUGUCUCGAUACCCAAAUUACCCGUAAAUGAACCUUUACCUUACACAUUUGUAACGAUAUUAGUGGAUAAAAUGACAUUUUCCAAAUUAUUACCGGCAUAUAAUCAAGAUAUCCGUAUAACCGGUCAUGUAUCAUGGGUUGGUAGGACCUCUUUGUAA